GACAGUCGCAGUUCGACCAGCGAGCUGUGAGCGCGUACACCUAUCGAUCUGCUAGCUAUCCCGCGCGUCUCGUUUCGGCUUCGAUUUUAUGAAUGAACGGCGUUUGACAGGUGUAGUAGAGUGCCAUUCGCUGGGUGGUUUUGCGAGGGAAUCGACGGGGGCCGUGGGAAUUUGACGCUUCGGGGUUUUUCUUCGGGAGAUCAUGGCCAACGAUGCCGUGGUUGUCAAAUUGGAGAAGGUGCUGCUCGAUGUGUUUUUACUGAAUUGUGUGGGCUGGCCAAUAUUUUUCCUUUUCCAAUGGGGUAGUGCUUAUCAUAGAGGCGUCUUCUGCGACGACGAGACCCUCAAACAUCCCUUUUUAAAGAACACCGUGCCGAGCUGGACUCUCUAUAUCACUGGUUUCGGCCUAAAUGCAGUGGCAAUGGUGAUGACAGAGUACCUAAACCGAUCGAAUGACCCCAAAAACAUAGUGUUCCUGGGCGUGAAAAUACCCAAUUGGGUGUACAGCUUGUACUGCACCUUCGGGAUGUUCGCUUUCGGGGCCGCUUGUUCCCAGCUCACCACGGACGUCUUGAAGUACACCGUCGGGCGACUGAGGCCCCAUUUUCUCACAGUCUGCGCCCCCGACGUUUGCCAAGGGAACUUCACCCCGUACGAGUAUUACACGAGCUACACGUGCACCAAUCCGCAGUAUAAAAACGUCGAAAAAGUAAUGAAAGAUAUGAGGCUGUCGUUUCCUUCUGGGCACUCGUCGUUUUCGAUGUACACCAUGCUGUAUUUUGCAAUAUACCUGCAUAAGCGCAUGACCUGGGACGGUUCAACAUUACUGAAACACACCCUUCAAUUUCUGGCUGUUCUAUCGUCGCUAUUCACAGCAAUGACGAGAAUAUCAGAUUACAAACAUCAUUGGAGUGACGUUCUUUGCGGACUCUUACUUGGUGGGACGGUAGCUAUUGUUACAGCGAGAUUUUUUUCGAAUCUUUUCGAGGACACGAAGAACUUCAAAAAACUGGAACCAAACGAAACAAGCAAUUUAAAUGGCAAUCGAACGCACGUCUAAAUGUGAUUUUUUUACGUUAUUUAUGUUUAUCAGAAAAAUCAUGUAAACGCCAAUGGCCACUAUUUAAAUGUGAUUAUUUAAUUUAUUUAGAUUUAGAGUCGACUUGUACCUAGGGUUAAUUAUUUAUUUUUAAUAAUCGGACACGCGUAUAUACCUGAUAAUUUCAAUUAAUGGUUCAUUUUAAUAUUUUGUUAAUUUUGUAAAUUAACAAAAGUAUCUUAAUUUAUCAUAAGACUAGUAAAAUAAUUAUUUACAUAUCGAUGAAAACUCGUGUAUUUAAAAUUUUUGUAAAUAUUUCCAAUAUGAAUUCUAAAUAAAAAAAAUGGAAUUAGUAGAUCUUAAAAUGGUAGCUUUACAAUUUUCUACUUAAUAGUUUUACUUAUGUUAACGAUUUAAGUAUUAAGAUUUCGACAAUAUUCGUUGAAUUUAUAUCAUUGAAAUGAUAUCGGCCUAAAAUCACCAUUAUUAGGUGUUAAAAAUAUCAUUGUAAUGACAAUACUGUAAUAUUGUAAAAUUCGUUCCUUAUUUUAUUUAUUCACCUACUUCACAUCGGGGAAGUACCAAUGUUUCGCUAUAGAAAAAAAUAAAAAUUAUUUAUUUCUAUCUACAGUAUAGGUAUCUACAAUGACCAGAAAAAUUUAGACUUAGUAUAUAAAUUAGUUUAUAGUCAAUUUUCGAUCUCCUUCUUUAGAGUAUUUAAGAAAUUAGAAAUCGUAAACGUUAAAGAUAAUACCAAUGUAUUUGAUGUAUAUUUUUCAAAUCAAUGUUUUAACUCCUUUUCAACAUUUCAGAUAAGUCAAAAUUUACGAAUCUUAAUUACUACAGCUUUCUAUAUUAAGACUAAAUUUGCAAUAAUUCAUUUAUUAUUGAGACUGUUUAAAUACAAACUUUUUUACCCAUCCUAUUUUUUCUAUAAAAAUAUCGUAAAUUUUUAGUAUAGAGAUUGUAAGCAGGGUCUACAUAAAUCAAACGUCUUUUUGAUACCUUCAUAGCUAUAAAACCUAUAAAAUAAUGCAUAGGAAAUAAAUAAAUCGAACCUCCUUAAAGCGUCUUUACAUGGUGCAAUAUAUUGCAGCAAUAAAUUGCAUUGCUGCAUUGUUGCAUCUUAAUUUCUAUUAACGCAUGUAUAAAAACCGCAUUGCAACAUUGCAGUUUUUUGCUGCAAUGUAUUGCAUCGUGUAAAUACGCUUAGAGUCGAUUUUAUGCAAUUUUAGAAUAUUUCUGUUUUUUAUAAAAAAUAUACCUACUAUGCUCAAAAAUAUAGCAAAUAGUUUUUGACAUUAUUAUCGCAGCUUUUUCAUUAACUUUCUGUUAUUUAAAACAUCUGAUAUUAGAUAUUCAACUAAAAUUUUUAAUGUAAUAGAAUUGCAUGUUUUCUGUUUAUGUUUACAUACUUAAUAAUCUUACUGUUUACAUUAAGGUGUUUUAAUAACAAGGUAAAAGAGUGAUCUGUUUGAUGAACAAUUUUGAUCACAAGGGGGACCAAAUGCUGAAAAAUUUAAGCACACAAUAAAGGCCCUAAAUAGAGUAAAUUUAUCCUUCGGCUCUAAUUUAUUAAUACCUCUCAAUUAGCACAAAACUGAGAUUUCAAAUUAUUUUAUUUAUACAUGCCUACAGUAGAAAUAGAAUUUAAUAUUAUAGGCUAUAGGAAUGUAAUUAAUGCUUUAAUUCAGAAGGAACUCAUCGAAAAAGGAAAGCGGAAUGGAUGUUUAAUUUAAUUUUUCUCGAUAUAAUUUAUUAAUAUAUUUUUGUGAACUCGACGAGUAUAAAAUAUGUUUAAAAUACCUCACAAAUUUUAAUUUAUGUGAUAUAUUAUUUAAUAAUGAGUUACGUAUGUUCAAUAUUAUGUACUAAAAGUGUGUAGAGAAAUUUUUAUUUCUACGUUUGUAUUUUAUUGAGCAAAUAAAAUUAUAAGUUUCA